UCACGCUAAUUGCUACACUUGUCUCUCAAAAGAUCGAUCGAGUAACCCUCAGAGAGAGAGAGAGAGAUGGGACUGUUCUCAAACAAGGUUGAUAAGUCCCAGAUCAAGCCAGGAGAUCACGUCUAUACCUACAGAGCACUGCACACAUACUCCCACCAUGGAAUAUGCGUGGAGGCAGAUAGGGUGAUCCACUACACCAGAACACAAGUUGCAAAAAAGAAAUUAUGGAUGUUUUGGAUUACUAAAUGCAAAAACUGCGGGCAUCACCCAGAUAUGGCACGAGGAGUGAUCAAAACUUGCGUCAACUGCUUCCUAGACGGCCAUGGGCUUUACCGGUUCGAAUACGGAGUCUCUCAGGCUCACUUCCUAUUGAAAUUUCCAGGAACUUGCACGACGGGUCGUUCCAAUUCAGCUGACAAAGUCAUACCUCGCGCCACGGAAUUGCUCAACAAGGAACAGGGUUUCGGGGACUAUAACCUGUUUGAAAACAACUGCGAAUCGUUUGCGAUUUUCUGCAAAACAGGAAAACGUCUGAGCGGGCAGGCAUUUUCUGCCUUAAAUUCUACUAAAAUCUUGUUCAAAGCGUUUGUGAAGCAUAACGUGGAAAGGCUUCUGGAAGACGUGUCUAUUCAUCAACCAGACAAGUACAUGCUGUUGAAACAAACUAUUGAAACUCAUGUUAACUUGCCCAGCAAGGAAAUUAUAGCCCAUCUUAGAAAGCUCAACGAGAAACAUGAUGACGAGCAGGAGGAUGUCAAUGAUGAAGAUCUGUUAGACGACCGCGAGUAUCUAGAGACAACGGAGAAGGAGGGGGAUGAUGAUCAUCCCUCUCAAUCAUCUUACAUGAUUAAGUGAUAUAUUUACUAAACAAACCUCUUAAUAUUAUGUUUGCAUCAAUAAUAUUUUAUUUGUAAUAAACUCAUGUUGUAAGCUAACCUAGCUAUUAGUUUGGAUUCGAUGAUUGAAUUCAGUCAUCUUAUCUAACCAUAACAACUGAGAUGUGUGUCUUUAUUAUGUAUUACUUUGAUCUUUAAACUUGGAAAUGUAAGAAUGGAUAAUUUCCCAUUUU